GCCUUCUUAAGUUCUACUCAAAAGUCUCUGUCGGAGUAUGAUGGCUCGUCAAAGACCACAAUUCCUGUAGAGAGUGUACCAGCGACUCAGCCGGAGAUGCACUAGCGCCAAUCCAUGCUAGUUAGGUACCUACCUACCUACGCCUACGUUCCCUUUAACGCAAGUUGCGCCACUUCGUCUCUUUCACCACUUUCUCCUUCUUCUACACAUUCGGUUCGCCGUUUCCACUCAUCAAUACCAUACUGAACUUCGUAUUCGACUAGAAUAUUCCUGCUGAUUGUAUAGCUUCGCUACACUCGAUAUGUCUGAGGACCAAGAGCUACAGGCUAAGAUAGCCGCGUUAAGUGGGCGCAUCAGCCAACAUAAAGAACACGCGAAGUCUUCUCAUCCCGUACCAAAAGCCUUCUACAAACACGCUGAAUAUCAUGGCCACGCUCGCGGAGGAUCCAGCUGGGCUUACAAACGUGGGACUCCGUAUGGUGUACCUCGAGGUCGUGGAGGAAGAGGAGGGUCUGCCGCUCACCGCAAUCGAACACUGAUCAUGAAAUCAACAGGCGGAGGUGCCGCAAAUGCUACAGCCACCGCCCCGGCCAACCACCUGGUCCCUGGCGAGGAAAACUCUAAAUGGAUCUCAAAAGUUGACCGACACAUGCAACUGAUCAAUACAGCCGUGUACGAUCAAGUGAGUCAACAGCGUACACAGGCUAUCGCCGAGACUGCUGUGCAAAAGAGGCUACAACGCGAUCAACUCGAGAAAGCCAAACUUCAAGCACACUUCUAUAAGUCCCACACGCAGCCGCACGAUGGCUUCUCAUCAACAGAUGAUCAACUCGAUAUGAACACUCGAAAACACGAGAUUAUGAUUCAAGGAAUUAAGUUUCGCGUCCUGGAUGGCGGAAGCAAGCUUGCGCGAUGCCCCGAUAAUACGAGUCUAGGCCUCGGCACACCGAAACAAGCUCAAGUGGGAGGCGUGAAGUUUUUUCGUAGCAAGACAGGCAAUCUGUACCGUGCUGGACUAGUAAAGGCGACCAGGAAACAAACCGGCACGAAAAGCCCGGAGCUUUGUCCGAACUUCACUUCAACUGGUAGCCCUCAUCUCUCUUACCAUGGAUGCUUUGAUUCACCUCUUAUUAAAGCCUGUGGUUUGUUUACUCUGUUCAAUCAUACUGACAUUUCCUUAGGCCAAUGCUCAAAAGGACCUGCUUGCCGAUUUACGCACAAUGCCAGCAAAGUAGCCAUGUGCAAGGAUUUCUUGGCUAAGGGAAACUGCCCUCUCGGCGAUGCUUGUGAUCUGUCUCACGAACCCAACGCCCAUCGUGUUCCUGCAUGUGUUCAUUUCUUGCGUGGGAACUGCACGAAUGAGCAUUGCCGGUAUGCCCACGUUCGCGUUAACCCUGUUGCCCCGGUUUGCAGCGACUUCGCGAAGAUCGGGUACUGCGAGAAAGGUGUCGAUUGCGCAGAACGCCACGUUCAUGAGUGCCCUGACUAUGCUAACAAAGGCUUAUGCCGCAACAAAAAGUGUCGCCUUCCACACGUUGAUCGUGCUGUUCAACUUCGCAAGGCCGCAACAGAGACUUCUGUGACAGCCGACAUGGAGACUUCUCCAGACCUGUCCAGCGACGGAGAAGAGUACGACAGCGAGGACUUCGACUCAGAUGAAGCUAGUGAGUUCUUCACCCAUACUCAUGCAAGCGACGUUGUGGGUGGUCUCUCGCAGCAGCGAGAUUUCAUCAAGCUCUGAUGUGACACGUAAGUUGUGUGCUUCCGGAUUUGUUUAUACCCUCCGUUCUUCGUGGCGUUUUGAUACCCGGACUUGUAGAAUUGGUUGGUAUCUACGGUACGGCGUCAGUAUUGGGACACACUAUUGGGACAACCGGCGUUCAAUGGUCUUUUUCGUCUCUUGUUUAUAGCCACAUUAGAAACAAAGAAAGAAAGAACAAACAU